GCGACGCGCCGCCUCCCUCCCCCCUCCUCCCCUCCCGGCUCUGCAGCAUUCGCCCGCCGCAGCUCCAGCCGCGCCCGCGCCUCCCGGCCUCCGCAGCACCCGCCGCCAGCACCAUGGCCAGCACCAUGUCCGCCUACAAGGAGAAGAUGAAGGAGCUGUCCGUGCUGUCGCUCAUCUGCUCCUGCUUCUACUCACAGCCACACCCCAACACCAUCUACCAGUAUGGGGACAUGGAGGUGAAGCAGCUGGACAAGAGGGCCUCUGGCCAGAGCUUUGAGGUCAUCCUCAAGUCCCCUUCUGACUUGUCACCGGAGAGCCCUGUGCUCUCCUCCCCCCCCAAGAGGAAGGACACCUCCCUGGAGGAGCUGCAGAAGCGGCUGGAGGCAGCUGAGGAGCGGAGGAAGACGCAGGAGGCGCAGGUGCUGAAGCAGCUGGCGGAGCGGCGCGAGCACGAGCGGGAGGUGCUGCACAAGGCGCUGGAGGAGAACAACAACUUCAGCCGCCUGGCGGAGGAGAAGCUCAACUACAAGAUGGAGCUCAGCAAGGAGAUCCGCGAGGCGCACCUGGCGGCGCUGCGCGAGCGGCUGCGCGAGAAGGAGCUGCAUGCCGCCGAGGUGCGCAGGAACAAGGAGCAGCGAGAGGAGAUGUCCGGCUAAGGGGCUUUGGACACCACAGCGCCUGGAUCCUGAGCCGAGACAAGAACACAUUCGGGUUUUGUUUUUGUUUUGUUCAGCUCUGUCUAGAUGAACAUUUUGUUCCCGCUCCUCCCCUCUCCUCCCACACUCCCAGCUUUAUGCUUCUCUUUCCGCACUCUGAGCUGCCCAGUCCCGGGGCAGCCGCUGACCACAGGCUCUCCUUGGAGGAGUCACGGGCCGGGUGGGAGUGAGGCACAAGGUCCCUCAGUUCAGGCACCAGGCCGGGUGGUGGCCGGGUCCCCUCUUGGCCGUACUCUUAGUGGAUGUGAGGGUGACCGGCAGUGGCGGCAGGAACAUGUAGGGCUUUAUGCUGGGCAGUCCCACCCCUCCGCUGGGCACUGGCGGCAGGGUCCCUGCUGACCAUCCUCUUGGUGGAGAGCAGGAGGGGACAGACUACAAGUCCUUACAGGACCCAGAGCCAGUGCCUCAGAUACCAGGUGGCUGCAGCCCCCAGUGCCCAGCUUCCUUCCUGCAGAAAUGAAUGGGGGCCCAGCCAGGGAUCAGGGUGGAAGCUGAUCCCGGGGCCUAGGGGGAGGUAGGGACCCAGGCCUCCCAGGAGGGAGAAGGGAGGAGUGAGCCCAGCAACGUCCGCCGGCAGCUUUGGGGGGCGCAGAGGGAUGUGGAAAGGGAGCUGAAGGCCGAGUUUCUUCCGCCUGCGGCAGCUCUCACCGCGGAAGGCUAGUGUAAAUGCACCCAUCUCACCCUGUAGUGGAAGUGAACUUAAAACUAAAUCAAAGGAGCAAUUAAAGAAAAGACAGACUUGUGUGUUUAA